GGGACAACCCCUCCCUUCCCCCUUUAUUAUGAUCACGAACUCCAUUGAUGAUCACCUGCAGCUGAGGAGGAAGAGGAGAAAGACGGAGUAAGAGAAAUGGCGUCGGUUGCCGAAGGAAGAGGGAGGAGGUACUACUGUUACAGGGAGGUGUUUCCAUUUGCAACAAUGGUGGCCAUGGAGUCCAUCAACGUGGGCCUCUUCACCCUGUUCAAGGCCGCAACAGAACAUGGCAUGAGCUACCAUGCCUUCCUCGUCUACAUCUACUCCAUCGGCGCCCUCAUCCUCCUCCCUGCCCCCUUCAUCUCCUACAGGUCAACGGUGCUGCCCCGGCUCAGCCUCAAAAUCAUGGCCAAGAUCGGACUACUCGGGCUCAUCGGGUCCACAUCACAGAUGAUUGGAUAUACGGGCAUCGCCUACAGCUCUCCGACGCUUGCUUCUGCCAUCAGCACCCUCCUGCCUGCUUUCACUUUCAUCCUUGCCAUUCUCUUCAGAAUGGAGAAGGUAUCCAUAAGGAGUAGAAGCAGUCAAGCAAAGAUUAUCGGCACCAUAGUGUCGAUGUCCGGUGCAUUGAUGAUCACUCUCUACCAGGGUCCGGCAAUAAUUUUUCGUCCAAAGCCAUCCCUUUCGCUCAAGCACUCUCUUCAUUCCUUGCAGUCGAGUAACUGGACCAUCGGAGGGGUUCUACUUUUUGCUGAAUAUUUCCUAGUUACACUGUGGUACACAUUUCAGUCGCAUAUAAUGAAGGAAUACCCAUCACAGUACACUGUGAUCUUCUACUACGAUGUGGUCGUCAGCUGCAUUACUAGCAUUGUCGGUAUAUAUUCAGAACCGAAUCCAAAUGCUUGGAGAGUGCGGGGUGUAGGGUUGGCUUCUGUUAUUUUCUCGGGACUAUUUAAUUCCUGCAUAAACAACUGUGCUUACAGUUGGCUUCUGGGGUGGAAAGGUCCUUUCUACGUCGCGAUGUUUAAGCCGAUAUCGAUCGCCAUUGCCGUUGCUAUGGGUGUCGUCUUCCUAGGCGACCCUCUCCACCUCGGAAGCCUAAUUGGAGCGACGAUAAUAUCUAUCGGCUUCUACACCGUGAUGUGGGGAAAGGUGAAAGAAGAGAAUGAGAUGGUAGAGGAGAAUGGAGCCAGCAGCACGGGAUCAGGGCCCGAUCACAAGGUGCCUCUUUUGCAAAACAGUGGAUCCCAUAAGGUUUAGCGCUCGUUCCAAAGGACCAUACCAAUGCCCAGCGAAAGUAUUGAGGCUGAUUUUUGUAAAAACAGAUAGAUGUUAAAUAAUUCUCGUCCAAAGGAGCAGUUGUUGCGAUAAAUAUCGUUUUAUGCAAGCACACAUAUCCCGAAAGUAAUAAAGAAUGAUUACGAGUUGUCGUCUUUAAAGUCGAUACCGUAAAUUCAAUUUUUAACUGA